UUCAAAACCCAAAAACACCAUUUCAAUUUCUCGAUCAUUUCUUCUUCUGUGUUUGUUAAGCUCGUGCGCUCCCAAGAAUAUCAAGAAAACGCCAGUAAUUAAUGAUUGAUUGUUUGUUCGGUGGAAAGGAAAGUAGAACACAAGAAAUUAAAAAGAUUAAUUUGAAUAUUCCGAUUGCAGCUGUACGUAGCGUCCGUUUAACAAGAAAGGAUGGAUGGUUCAAGAAGCAUUCGAAUAUGGAACAUGAAAUGAAAAAGAUGGUGUUACUCACCUCAGAAUGUGCAAGCACUCAAAAAUGGCAGCACUGGUAGUGACCUUCAAUCUAGAAUUUGUCCGGUAAAGUACAUACUAGUAUUACAUGUUUAAUUUUCGACCUACACGAAAAUUCCUUUGUAUGUUGGGACAAUAACCAUCCCGAUAAAGGAAUGGUAAAUAA